GAUUUCUUUCAGACUGGUUUGCAAGUGCAUAACAAAUACCGCAAAAUCCAUGAUGCACCGGCCUUGAAGCUCAAUUCUAAGUUAAACAGUGAUGCCCAAGCCACCGCUGAACGAAUAGCAUCUCAGGGAAGCCUUGUGCACACAGAUGAUACAGGAGGACAGGGGGAGAGCUUAGCAAAGUUUUGCACCCCUUAUGAGUUGAAUCCGGACGAGAUAAGUACAAGAGCGGUUGAUAUAUGGUAAUAAGUGGUCUAGAAUGGUACGAUAAAAAUGGAGAUUGUUUUCACUUUUGACUGUAACGAUCCAAGAGAAUUAUUUAAAAUUAAAGUAAUUCGCCCGAGCCGAAAAUCAGGUCAAACGGGGUUUCAAAAAUCCUUGAAUCGCUUUCAAGACCCGGUGAAUUUUUAAUCUUACCGGAAAGUCCAUUGCUCGUGUACCCCGCAAAAUUGUGUAUAACCAUAGUUUCCAGUUUCUCCUGGGUAUUUACAGUCGUCCCAAAAGAAAUUAAAGUCAAUGCUUUUGGAUUUUUUUUUUGUUUGUUGGGGGGGGCAGGGGGGUGGGGGAGGAGCGGGUUGGGGUUAAACCAGUUGUAUCAUCGCAAUGUGACAAUGGUGAAUUAAGCGUUGUGAAAAAAAAAAAAAAAGAAAAGAAAAAACGGCCAGUUUCCGGAUGACUGAAACAAAGUGAUGCUGAUCAGGAUGACUUGGAAAGGCAUAUUGUCUUUGAAAAGGGAGAAAAAAAAUUCAUUUUUAAAAACACCCUAUGACACGUAGCCAGGUCUUCCUGACCAUGGCGUACUAUCAAGUGUAGAAAUACUCAAUCGAAAUUGGAGGAUAAAAUGUUCCGUGUUAAAGUUUAUUAUCGGUAUUAUUAUUAUUAUAUUAUUGUUAUUAUUAUUAUUAUUAUUAUUAUUGUUUAUUUAUUUAUUUUUAUUUUAUUUUUUUUAGGUAUAAGGAAGUGUGCAAAUACGACUUUGACAAUCCCGGCUGGUCGCAGUCAACUGGACAUUUCACGCAGCUUGUCUGGAGAUCGACCGAGGAGGUCGGAUUGGGAUGGAGUAGUAAAGAAGAAAACGGCCUUACGUGCUAUUACGUAGCGGCGCGUUACUCCCCAGGCGGAAACAUCGACGAUGCUUCGCGAUUUAAAGAAAAUGUGAAAAAAGGGAGCUUUGAUUCAUCUUUUUGCGAAGCUGGUAAAAGGCGCUCGAAUAAAUGUUACGGAAAGAUGGUUGGUUUUCUUUUCAAAACUACGCUGAGACACACGCUUAGGGGAAGUCGUCAGAUAUCUAUCUGAAUGGUCAACAAAAGUUGGAUGCAUGAGAUUUUUUAAUAACUUUCUGGCAAAAGCAGGUAAUAUAAUCUGCUAUUCUCAGUAUCGGAAAUAAAACAAUUAUAUUUCCAUAACAAUGAAAGUCCCACAGUUCUUAGCGAAUUCUUUUGUCUUCUGGUUGCAUUUCUCAUCACUUUAGUUGUUUACUGACCUUCGGCUCUGAACCACUUGUUAACCGCCCGUUCCGAUCCACGUCCUUGCCUGACUUCAUCUCAAAAUUUUGCUCAUGUCUAAACUUUGAAAGUUAAAAUUUGGCAACUGGAACAGAAGGCAUUUAGGAUAGUUUUGGUUCCUUAAAGUCAGGACCUUCCACUCGAACCCGGCGCAACGAAAUGGUCACGUGUUUCACAAUCUUCACGUGAGCGAUAGUUAAAUUUGCAUCCCCGUCUAAUGAACAAGUGGUGAUAACGCCGAUACAUUUGGUUAAAACGAUAUUUCUCCGAGUCUGUUAUUCUCAUUGACAGUGUUAUAUCUCCAGAGCAGGAAAACAGUCUUUUGUCAGGAGCCCAUAAGAGGGAGCAAGCAUGCUACUACCAUGUACUCGUUCGUGUCAGCAGUUUAUUUAGUUAUUUAUUUAUUUAUUUUAUUUUUGGUUGGGGGUUGGGGGUUAGAAGAUAUUUUCCCCAAACCAGUAAGCAAAACCUUAAGUCCUAAAAUGGUAGUCUUGAUAUUUUAAUGGCCAUGGCGUUUACAGUUUUUACUUUUAGAUAUCUUGCUCUCCUAAUGCGCUCAUAGAGGGAGCGGGACUUCAACUGUCGCCGAAAAAACUACUUUAAAAUGUAUCUAAAAAUAAGCCAGUCCUGGUCCUAAUCGCUCUAGGUUAUGGACUCCUGCUUUUGGACGUUUUGUAUUAUUUAUUUUAGACGUUCUAUCUCUUACUGAAAUUAAAUACGCAUGUUUAAACUGUAGAAUUUAGGGUUUAAUCCACCAGAUGAUAAAGAAUCACCUGUAAACAAUAAGGAAAACAAAUAGUGAAGAUGAACGAAUAAGCCCAAUUUUUAUAACCAAAAGAGGUCAUUUACUUCGCCUUCCUACUUUACUAAUGACGUGACCUUUCAGUGGUUUCUAGAACUGAACUUGUGAAGCAACUAGUGAGAUUUUGGUCGGAGUAGUUGAUUGACAGUAUGGGAUCUAUUAUACCAAAUUUAAAUAAAGAAACUCAAGUAAAAAAUAAUUUUCUCGCUUACUUAUAAUUACUUUAGCUUAGUGUCACAGUAACUGUAGUUUAGUAAGACUGUUUGGUAUAUGAUAUAUUUAUGCGAAAACCAUCGAGCACGUCUCAUUUGCAAGCGAUCCAGCUUGCCACACGCACGCUUAAGUAUUGAACAAGAUUGCUAGUACAGCCUGAAACCGUGUUGGAUUCAAAGCGUUUUAAGCGCACAUGUGAGUUCAAGACUAAAUGAACGCUAUAAAAUGUUAGAUACCCCUUAAUCCAGAAAUUGAGUAAAGCAAAUUGCUCGCCGUCUUUUCGCACCUCCCUGACUAACAACUAGCCUGCAAAAAAUGAAAAAUGGAAAAAAAUGAACAAAGUAGAAAGUCUAGAAAUACAUAUAAUUAUAUAGCAAAAAAAAGGCGCCAAUCAUAGACCUUGUCACGGUUUUCGACGCCAUCUUGACGAGUAGGCAAAAGUGUGAGAAAUUAGAUAAUUCUAAUAUCUGAGUAGAAGUCAAUAAACAAUUUACAACAACAACAACAACUUACCACUUUCGUCAAAAGUUGCUUGAAGAAAUACCAGGCAGAUAACAUACAUUGUUGCUUAGUACGUUAUAACUGAGGUUAAAUGCUUUACGAAUCACUGCAAUUUAAUCACUGCAAUUUCUCACGCGUUUGCCUACUCGUCAAAAUGGCGUCGAAAACCGUGACAAGGUCUAUUAGGCAGGCCUUCGUUACAGUUAACAUUCAAUGUUAAAAGGGAGCAAAAAUAUGGUGGCUAGAGGAUACCGUCUCUUGUCCAAUUCUUCCUAUUUUCAGUUUAGAAAAGCGCCAGUUUAAUUAGCUUGUACGAUGAUCUAUGAACACUGUGCAACUAAGCUAAGCGAGUAACUUAAUAAUAAAAAAUAUUAGGAUAUAAUUAUCAUAAUGUUAUUAUAUGUGAAAAUAGUAUAUUAUCGCCACAUCUGCGUUUCCCGGUUUAAUACCUAUAGAGGAAUGUUUAAAAUCCUGCUACAUUUAAAUAUUUUUUUCUCUCCUUUUGAGGAGCCACAAUUUUUAUUUUCUAUUUAUCUCAUUGAUUUCAUUUCCUUUUAUUUUUCUUUUGGCUUCACACACAACAAAGACAAUGUAACCUCUUAAUUUGCCUGAUUGUUACGUACUGAAGAAGUCCCGUGUUUAACUGGUAUGUUUGGGGUGCUGUUGAGAUAGUGAAUUUGAUCACAAGCUAUCACCAGUGAGUCACUUCAGGCAGGUUAUUAUUAGUUAUAUCUAUUCGGGCCAAGCACAGGCAUUAAACAAAGGAACACUCCAAUGUUGCUUAUAUUUUUUGCGCUGGUAAUAGGUAAGUUAUUUGAUUACGGAGAGAGAUUUCGACGUUUUGAACCUUGACUUAUAACACUGAUGAAUCUAAUGAAUGAAACCUUUCAUCAGGUUACACCAAAAUGUUUCUUAGUUAAAGCAAAUUACGGAUUAGGAAGAGUAACUAAUCCAUUAGAGAAGGGAAGUUUACGGAUGAGUGCACAGGAAAGAACACAUUUCAGAAUGCAACUAAUUUCUGAUAAACUUAGGUUCUUUGUACAACCUUGUUUGACCAUCCAAUCUCAAAAAAGAUCAAUUAACUAUAUAAAUCUAUUUGUUUUAAUUUCCUUAGGAGAAAAAUUGUCAAAUUCAAGCCAGUAAACACAAUUAAUCUGGAAGAAUCAUUGAUUUUAACAUGACUUACUUCGUUAUAGAUUCCAUUCCUGUAAGGAGUUAUUCUUAUCAGCAAAGAAUCUGACUUCUCUGUAUAACUUUAUUCACAGUUAAGUAGUGUGACCACUAAUGGCUUAGCGAUCACGGUUUGGGCCUUAGCAUUUCGCGAAGCAUUUAACCUCAGUUAUAACGUACUAAGCAACAAUGUAUGUUAUCUGCCUGUUAUUUCUUCAAGCAACAUUUGAGGAAAGUGGUAAGUUGUUGUUGUUGUUAUAAAUUGUUUUUAUUGACUUCUACUCAGAUAUUAAAAUUAUGCUUUCGAGAGGCUGAAUCUUUGAGUUAAAGUUGUUGUGCAUCGAUGAUUUGAAAGUUAUGUCUAGAGAAUACUUGAGUUUUUUAAUUUACCUAUUUCAGUGUCGUAGCCAGGAGUGUGAGAACAGGCAAAAGGGCUUUAGAUCAAGGGUCUGUGGUGUGGGAUUGGGACAUUAGCCAUGGUGUGGUGUCUCGGACCAAAAUGAGACAUAAACAGUAAAUACCAGAAGAAGGUGUGGGCUGACGGAAAUAACAGUAAAUCUGUUUCGUGGGGGGGAGUGGCGGGGUUGGGUUAUACACUUUGAGCUAUUUUUGGGUUGUUGCACGUGCUUUCACUCACAUGACCUUUUUGGGGGAAGCUGUUUGGAGGGUAUGAAAUAAAAACUUAAAUUUUUAUUUCUUUGCCUCAUGAUACUCUAGCCAAAAAUGCAUAGCAUAAACUUUUUGACCACGAAAGUGGAAAUCUGAGCCAAGUAUAAUUCCAAACUUGAGCUGGUCCUUUAAUAAUCAACAAUUUUUUUUUUUGUUUUAGUUGGCAUAAAAUUUACCAUCAAAGGUAGCGGCGAAAUGGAUUUAAAUAAAUUUGUGAUUGAUAUUCAUGUGGAGGGGGUUAAUAACACAAGUACAAAGACAUUACCAACUGCAACGCCGACAAAUGUGCCUACACUAGGGACCAGGACUACAUCACGGGCUACGUCGUUAACCAAAGCAAUCGCUUCAGCUUCAAGUCAUCAACCUUCACCGACAAUACUGCUUACAAACAGUACUAGUCCAAGACCCACCUCUGCACCUACAAGUGCUGCAGCAUCAACAAAAUGUGUCAGAACUAUCAACACUGGUUGCAGAAUAACACCGGUUCCAGAGAAAAGGGCAAGUUUUACUCCGACAACAUCCAUACCAUCAGAUGACCCGUCAAAUGAUAAAGAACCCAUAAACAGUAAGAGAAGUAACUUCUUUUUUGAUUCUUUAGAGCGACUUUUACAGGGCCUUUUAAAAUGGCUUCUGUCAAGGUUUGUUAUUUGCUUUAUCAGCCAAUGGAUGAGUGGAAUUUGGUUGUUCGAAUAAAUUCAACAGCAUGACGCCACAGUGUCAUCAAAUUAAGUCAUUGUGUCAAUUAAGGUACUCCUACAUGUUGGAAAAGUAAUGUAAUUAUGGUAGCCGUCUCAAGAGGGGCUUUGAAGACAUACAUUGGAGACUCUUAAGCGUUCCCCCACGUCCCAAGAAGCAAAAAGAUGCCCAGUCUAAAUAGGGUUUAGGCAAAUGAAAAAAAACACUUUAUUUCUUGGUCCAUAUUGUAAGUUUUGGAUUUUCAGUUUUUUUUUCUAUUCAGAUAUUUUUGGGCUCAAGGGUAAGGAGUACAGGGAUGUAAAUUAAUGAGAGAGAAAAAAAACCAGGCCUUUUUCUCACAUUAUAAUUACGGAGCUCGAAAUCGUUUUAAGUUAAAGCAAUUGAUCAAACCAACCUCUAACUUAGUAUCAUAUCUAUGAGGUUGACUGACGUGGACGAGCGGGAAAGGAUAUUUAGCGGGUCUUAUAUAUAGGAUAAUUAACUGCCCUCCAGAUUGUCCAAUCAAACAGCGCACGACUAUUGAAAUCAAAGUUCGUAGGUGUUUUUUUUUUUUUGUAAUUUGUUUGUUUGUUUUUUUAACUGAUGGGGUCCAUUUUCUUGCAUUUACUAUAGACGGCCAUGUAUAGUAGUAAUACAAUAGAUAUUUGGCUAGGAAAGAAACAUUUCAGACAGUACGUCUAUAUGGAUUCUCCUUCUCGUAUUUGACCUACGGCUGUUCAACAGACAUUAUACUUUGUUUAAUUCAUAACAUUCAGUUCCAGAUUUAAGUAGCAUGGCAUUGCAGUUGCAUAACUACUACCGCUCAAUACACGAGGCACCGCUGUUAAGUCUUGAUAGCAAACUUGAGAAAGAUGCUCAGGAAUACGCCGAAAACGUGGCGAAGGAUAAACUCUUACGACCAGAACAAGACUUUGUACUCGCAUCCAAGAAUGAAGGGGAAAAUCUGGGCUUUAGGUGCUCAAUUACAAAACCUGACCCUGCUAAGGCAUUAAGGCAGAUAAUGAAGCGCUGGUAAGUAAAAAAAUAUAUUGUUCUUUUCCGGCUGAUGUGAUAGAGAUGGGUUGUCUAAAUGUCGACGAAACACAAAACUGAGACCAAGAAUAUAUUUUAUAGUUUGGUGAUGUCUAGUUGGAUAAUUUGGAAGUUAUGAACCCUACCAAACCCUUACCAAAUUCUGUUAACUCUUCCUGUUAAGCAUAGUAUUUUGUAAUGAGUCGUUUAUUGACUGCAUUUUGUCGAUACAAAAUUAUGAGUUGCGACUUCGGAUUUGGAAGAGUCUGUCUCAUUAUGUACGUCAGCAAUAGUAUGAGGUAUUAACCUUGACUGCGGCACCAGGACAAUUGGAAUCUUCCUUGAAAUACUGUUUUGGUCUAUGAUAAUGUAUGAUAAUGAAUGUGAAACAAAGGAAAUGGAACUUCAACUCAGAAAAUGUAUCAGCCUCAACGUAGACACCUGGACACUCCUUAACUGCCCUCUAAGGUGCUUUUCUUUAUCGGCCCAGUUUUUUCUUGUUAUAAUUAUAGGUAUGACGAGGGGUGCAAGUACAACUUCAAGACUCCUCCAUCAGACAAAUACAGUUACAGACACUUCACGCAAAUGACUUGGCAAGGAAGCAGGUCCCUGGGCGUUGGAAUAUCAUAUGGAAACGUCAAUAACUUGCAAUGUCUGUAUUACGUUGCCAGGUACAGACCUCGAGGGAACUUAGGGAAUGCAUUGCUCUAUGCACAUAAUGUCAGAAAGGGUGCUUUUGAUUCAAGUUUCUGCAAACCAGUUCCAAGCCAACCUCUCGCUCAAGAAGCUGUAUUAAAAAACUGACCGAUAACGAGAAGGGAAAUUUAGACUGGUGGACUCGCCCUUUAUGCAAACAGAGAGCAUGCGAGUCACUGGGUAACCCUGGUAGUGCUAAUUAUUAAACGUCGAUCAUACAUAUCGGAUAUGCGUUAAGUCGAAAUAAACUACUUUAGUAUGGAUAUUUUCUAUCCAUUGGUUGUUAAGAUUUUCAAAUUAACGCUCGUCGGGGCUUCAUUGCGGAAGCCAGUCUUCAAAGAAAACCUUGUAACGACAGGUUCACGAUACUGAAAGUAUAUUGACGAUAGAAAACAUGUGAAUAUCAAUUUUGAGGAGCGAAAAGAAGAAAUCAAUGUGGCCAAAGAUCGACACAAUCUUUCCUGGAAGGGUUUAAGAAAUAUCAGUAGUUAAAAUUUCCUGCAUGGGUGGUCUUCAAUUUACAAUAUGGAGCCUAUGAGGUGUUUAAAUUAACAGGUAAAUAGAUAAUGUCAAGUCAUGUAAACAGUGCUGAAAUAAACAGGUGUAUUUGUAGCAAGUGUCUGUUGUUAUCAUUACAUUUUAAGUUGAAAAAGUUUUAAAAAUACAAGAAAUUAUACUGUUCACAGCAGAAAAGUAUUUUUAUUGCAAUGGCCUCUUUCAACUUGGAUUAUAAAGAAGAACAAAAUUAGGGUUAGCGAAAGAAAAUGGAGGUUUUAGAGAGUUCGUAGGACAUAACGUUUUCAUUUCUUAACGCGAUGGUCCUAUCUUCUUCAUAUGGAAUAAAUGCGAGUUUGAAAAAAAAAACAAACAUUGUCAAACAAAAACAAUCCAAAAGUCUUCAAACAAACUGAGCAAUUACGCAGUUUAAUUAUAUUUUUGGCUUGGUCGGUUUGUCAGUGGCAUGAAACGGACACUAGAUUUCAUUGUUGAACUACUUGUUACUUAAACGGCAAUGGUUUUUUUUUUCUUUUUCUGCCUGCUGUUGGUUUAAAAUUAAUAGAAAGAGGCAGGGGCAGAAAUUAAAGCAGAGGCAGAGGCCGUAGAGGCAGAGAAAAAGCAUGCGACCUGCUACUAUCUCCAAAAAUACUAUUUUGUAUGAAAAUGAGCUGGCGAUUUAGGAAGAAGGGGAAAUUUGACCUCAGGUUUAGAAAUGUACAAUUUAAUCGGUUAUUCCACAAUUUUUCCGAAAUUUGAUAUAUUAACCCUAGUUUUAAGCGUUUUGUUGGUACCACUAGCACAUACCCGACUAUAGGCUGGCCAGGUUAGCAUACAUUAUUCAGUUCGGUGAGGGUGAUCUAGCCGAGGGUAGUACCAGAUUUGAUACAUUAUUUUCCAUUUCUACUUUGGUCAAAACUACGUACGUUACACUCUCUGUUAGUAAUAGUAGGAGGUUUCCAACGAGUUGUGAAUAGCUCAAAGCAUGUCGCAGUAUUUUCAAACCUGGUUUAUUAUCGACAACACAUUAACAAAAGGAAUAUAAGCCUUGGUACUGGUUCAGUUACUCAACAAACAUUAUGACUGGUGAUUAUGUUAUGUGUUUACCAAAACCAGCUGCAAGCAGAAUGUUCUGUGAACUGUGAUAAGAUUAGAAGCUGGACAAGAUUCCAGGUAGGUAAACGUCUGUAAACUGCAUCACAACAUUUAAGUUACCGUAACAAAUUCCAUUUAGCUAUACCAAAACUGAAGUUGAAAUUGAUUUAGUUCAGUCAAUUGUUUAGGCUUCGCAAAACGAGCAAUAUUAACAUAGACGACAAACAAAGUCACUAAUUAUAGACACUACCGUAUCUACGGCCAUAAAUAAAGAUAUGAUGUCUUAAGUAGCCAAGAAAACUUUUUUUUUUUUUUUAAAGGUACCUAAAACGGUACUUGAUAUACUGAAACCAUAUACCAUCUAACCUAUUUAAGAUUCCGUGCCAAGGGACACUUUACCGUUUGUUGAUCUAUGGUAAGUGAACUUCCAGUCUUUAGGACAACCUAGAUGACAAAAGAGAGCCCUGGUAUCAAUUUUACCAAUUUUUUUUUUCCUCCCUACUUUUUUUCCAGGUGGGAGGAAUCUUUGUUGAGUACGCACAGAAAUGUUGGCUGUUAACCUAGCAAUAAUUUCUUUGUACGUAGUAUUCACCAUUUAUGCUGAUGAUGCAGGUACGAAUAGCUUAAAAGUAAGCUUAUGCUGCUACAAAACAAGUCCAAAAACUAAACUUUCAACUUUAAAAACGAUCCUUUUUUUCCCUUUUAUAUUCUAGCUUAUUUCAAAACAAAACAAUGAUAUUAUUAAUCAUUUUCUGAAUUUCACGACGCUUCAUGUAGACUUUUAAGGUACCAACAAGUGCUUUAUUUUUUCGAGAAGAAAUUUGGAAAUUUUGUUUGAGGCUAACUAUAAAAGAGAACCGCACUUGCAUAUCUUGAGCCAAAAGUGAGGAAGAGAGAUUUGUCGCGCUUGUCAUAAAAAGGGCCAUGCCAUGAUGAGUCCCACAAUUUUCAGUCAAAGCUUGGCUGAAAUUUUUACUAACUAUUCCUAAUCAACUGCUUUCGUACUUGUAUUUGUAAGAGAAAGAUCUCAGAUUAUUUACAAGGGAAACAAAGCAUGAUGGGGCCUGGUUUUGGUCUUUUACCCACAACACAGGAGUUUAACUUGAAAAAUAAAACAUAAGAAAUAAUAAAUUUUUAGAAAAUAACGUGAAGUAAGAAAACAACAUCUGCAUUUAAAGGGAGUAGUGUGAAUUAGACGUUACUUAAAAGCUUUAAAACUGCUGCCCCCAGAAAUGCAAUGUGCAAAAACAAGUUAACGACGUUCAAUAACGUUUUGGUCUGAAAAUGGAUAUUGGCACAUUUUGGACUGCAUGGGAUAGGUUUUCAAGGAAACUACGGGAGUGUAUAAACGUUCUUGUCUUUUCAAUUCCAAAUGAAUAAGGAAGAAAUAUAAUGCGCGAAUUUGAAAUGGAUCUUUUCGUUGACAUUAUAAUCUAAGUAGUUUUAGGUCUGAAAACGGGUCUGGAUUUUAGAGACCAGGUCUGAAAACGGGUUUGGAAUGUUUUUUUCUUUUGUCUGAAAUAAAGUUUUAAGAACAGGUUUGGAGAGCACACCCCCACCAAGAUUUCCCAGGAGUAACCCCGUGAUAAAUUAGCUGUUGUUAGCCUUUUUAACAUUACUUACAUUGCAUUUUAUUUUGACGUUCUUAAGUUCACCCACUUAAACGAUCAGAAUUGACUAAAAAGGACAAGUUCAGCAUAACUGGAGAGGUAACUACGCAUGGAAAUAAAGCUGAACUAAAUAUUCAUGUGGAAUCCAUGGACUCAAAGGCCAACCAGAAAAAAUUAGAGAAGGCUCAAAACAGCUUAAAAUCGACCCAAAAGCCGCCUAAUUCUAUGCCUCGAGGUAGCCCGACUUCGCCAGUAGGAAACACAGCAGGUGCGGUUACCACAAAACAGGCCAUCAUAUCUCCCUCGAAGAAAACAACAAAGUCAGCGAAAGUAAAUUCAAGUAAAGGUCAAAGUACGACACAGGGAGGUGUCUUAUCAACUAAAAACCCACCUUUACCUGGAAAACAAAUAAAACCGACGAGCCAAGUAACAAACUCAGCAACCUCCAGUCAGGUUACUUCGUCAACAAGAAUUCCCGUCAGCCAAAAACCUAAUAGCGGGACUAUCCAAACGUCAAAGAGUAGUUCAGCGUCGUCAACACCUAGCAAGAAAGUUAAGUCAAUAGGGAAUACAGCAGCAGCAGCUUCAAAUCAAAAUAAGGCCACCCCAUCCCUAAAGCCACCCAUUAGCAAGAAACCUAGCACUACCAUUGGCCCCACCUCACAGAAUCCUGCGGCUGCAAACAAACAACCCUCCGCAACGGGAAACCAAAACCAGGUGACCUCACCUUCGUUGAGUAAAGCAAAGCCAUCAGGAAAGACAAUGCAAACCACAUCGAAAUCCAAACAUCAGCAACCAAGUAAUGGUCCUGGCCCUACCAAAAAUACGUCUUUGAAUAAGCCGACAUCAAUGAUGACAAAUGGAGCAGGCAUAACACCCCCAAAUAACAACCCGUCCUCACCGACGUCACAAAAACCCAGUCAAAGGCCUGUUUCGACCAAACAGAGUCGUUUCAUUUCGACUCAAAAACCGACAGUUGGCCAGCAAAACACGCCGACGGCGAAAGUAAUUUCUAGAGUAGGAAAUGCAGCAACAAAACCAGUUAAUUUACCUACCCCCACUAAGCCAAUUUCAUCAGGAAAACCAUCUGGUAGAGCUCAGGGAAAAGCAUUCCAAGUGACACCAAAACCUACUAAAAACGCUGGGCCCAUUUCACAAGGUGGUGGCAAGCCAACUACAAAUCCGCCUUCUAAAGGAAACCAGCACAAGCCUACCAAUGUACCCAGUAAACCAAUCUGGAGCAAGAGCAGUCCAACUCAAACGAAACCCGCAAGCAUCCAGCCUGGAAGCUUUAAAACUUCUACACAAGUCCCACCUACUUCUGGACUAGGGAGUAACCCACCGACUCAGAAACCAAAUCAAGGUAAAGGUACCACAGCAGUGCAACCUUCUGGUUCUGGAAAGGCCGUUCAAGUUACAUCAAAACCUAUGAUCACAUGUAAGUAGUACAAGUUCGCAAUGAAUCUCAGACCUGAUACUGACAUAAUUUGUUGUAGCCCUUGUCCCUUAAAGCCUGGUAGUUUUUCUACUUAGGGGCAGCUUCCAUGUAAGAAUUAAGAGAAGACGAGAGUUAAACUCCAUCUGCAACAAAUCUAUAUCUCAACAUCCCACACUAUUAUUCUAAUUGCUUGCCUAACUCAACAAUCAUAACCCACACUUACCAAAUCUUUCCCGUUUUUGCAGUUUCAAAAGCGGAAAAAAUGGCCCUGGCAGCACACAACGCCUUUCGCAAGACACAUCUGUCACAGCCGAUGAAACUCGUCCAGGAUUUGGUCUAUGAAGCACGUACAAUGGCCGAAAAACUUGCUAGUGAAGAAAGCCUCACUCAUCAAGCGACCAAUGUUCUCAAUAAAGAGAACGAAGGCGAAAGUUUAGCAAAAAUAUGCUCCAAAAGUAACCUGUUCAAUCCACAUAGCAUAAUACAACAUGUGGUCGAGGCCUGGUGAGAAAACUAUUAUCUUUAACUUUCUUGCUCGUUUGUGUCGUUAUCGUUAAGAGGAAAAAUAGAGCUAAAAUCAGCUCCCAUAAAUUAACCCCAUGGUAAGAAAUGGAGGGCUUUUACGCUGUCUCUAAGCAGCUAACCUUGGUCGUCAUCUAAACUUCGUCACUACUAUAAAGUAACUAAGUUGAUUAACUUCCUUUAAUGGGGUAGCUGACCAAUCCUAUUGCUUUCCCAAAUAUUUUGUACCUUUCAAUGCGUGAGGUGUAAUAAACCCCAACUAAACAAACCUGAUAGUUAAGUCUAUAAAAAACGUGGAGGUUAAAGCUGACUCGUCCCCAGUCGUCUCUAAGUUGUCUCUAGUCAUUAAUUAUUUACUAGGGAAGCGCUUGGGUUACGCGCGCGGGAAAGUCAUCCACUUUGUUAAAGAGCCCGUUCUAGUCCUCCACGCCGAAUACUAAUAAUAAUGAGAGAUGAGUGGGGACGAGUCAGGAGGUUAAAGUGGGUAAUCACAAUCAAAGAGCGCAAUUUGUUUCCAAGUAUCUGUGAAACCUUCGACUUUCGAUUAGAAUCCAACCUUACUACUAUCUUAAAGAGAUUACAAAGGUGGUUACUGUGACAUUUAGUACUAAAUCUUGUUUAAAAUUAUGAAAGAAUAAUGAUAAUAAUAAUAAUAAUAAUAAUAACAAUGAUAAUAAUAAAUUAAUUAUAAUAACAGUAAUAAUAAAAUAUUAGUCUGAACAUUUUUUGUGAAAUGCAAAGGUUUAAAAAUAAGAAUUUGUUGUUAUCCUUUAGGUAUGCAGAGGUCUGCCGCUAUAACUUUGAAGACCCUGAUCCAGCUUCCAAAGAAACUGCGCAUUUCACACAACUCGUGUGGAAUGCUUCAAAUGAAUUAGGUAUCGGGGUUGCUCAGAAGGAUGUUAACGAUGAACAUUGUUGGUUUAUUGUAGCCCGCUAUAGGCCCCAAGGAAACAAAGAUGGCAAAGAAGAGUUUAAGCGAAACGUCAAAAAAGGAACUUUUGACCCCAUUGUUAACAACUGUGUCUCUAUCUCGGAUGAGAUGUGA